ACAAAAAUGCAUAGUUCAAACUUCAUGUUUGUAUCUAUUGUUUUAAAACUUAGAAAGACAAUAUUUCUUCAUAAAUAUCACGUGGCUUUAAUUGGAAUAAAUGCCUAACUCGAGACAGAAGGAGAUUGCAUGUAAUGGCUUUGGUAUGUAUUAUGGGUUUCCCUAAGUAUCGUGUAUCAAAAUUUACACAUAAAAAGAUAUCUACGAUUGUGCAACGAUGCCCGUCAACGCCCAGAUUUACUUUCGCGUUCAUAUUAUCGUCAAUGUAACUGAAGACACAUUACCCCUCUGUAAACUCUCGCGAACGAAACUUUAUAAGUAUGCCGCACAUUUUUGUGUCGAGUCUUUCGUUCGAGGUUUUCCUUGCGACUACGGUGGAAUGGAAUUGCGCGUGUUCCGAUUUUUUGUGACGUGCUAUCUGACUUGCGUUCUAUGCAGAAAUGCAGUCGAUGGAUCAACGCUCGCUACAGUUUUUCCGUCAAUUAAUAACGUUUCUGAACCGGAUACGAAAAUGUCUGAGAUAGGCAAUACGCGAACCGAGCAAUCAAUCGAGACGGAAACGAGGCCGGAUGGGAUUACUUUGAAAGAUGAUUGGCUUAUGCCUGAAACUCCACGAGAAACUCCGGAGAUGCAGGAUCAAUCAAUGAAGACGAGAAUCUUGAACAAUUUGAAAGAAGCAAAUUGUUUUAGGUACUGUAUACAACAAUUGGAAAAUGGCAAUGGUUUUGAAGAAAUUAAUCUUGUUUGGUCAUUUGCCGAUCAAAACGGAAAUGAUUACUUUUUAUUAAAAAAUAGAGAGAAUCAAAAUUUAAAGAUAUUAAGACAUACAUCUGUCGAUAACAAAAGUUUAACAAUCUUAGACUACUGCAGUAUUUAUCUUAAUUUGAACUGUGACAUUGUAAACAUGGAAAGAAAUUUUAUUCAUAACGAAUUGUAUUCAAGUUUCACACACAAUUUUAAUCGACAAAAUGAAAAAAUAUUGAAAAAUGAUUUUUCGAGUACCAUUACAGAAUUCUCAAAAAAAUUAGUGCACAGGACUAAUUUGAGCGGAUAUACUGAAAUCAAUUUUGAAACUGCUGAUGCCAAUGUGACUAGAAUUGAGAUUAACAUUUUGGGAAAUCUUACACAUGCAGUUUUAAUAAUCCCUACAAACAAAACAGUGCAGAGACCAGGGAUAGUGAUGUCAUUGGUAAAUGCAAGCAACACGAAAGGGAUGGCUAUCGGCGCGCGCAACAUUCCGGGUAGAUGGUGCAUAAAGCUAACAGGCGUGGAAAAUUCAAAUUACAAUUUCGACGUGAUUGCUUACUACGGAACAAAUAAGGACGAUGUGAAAAAUGAUAUUAUCACUAACCCCAUUAAUAAUGUCAAAAAAAAGGAUUUUGAAAUAUUAAAUGAAAAACGUAUCAUACAAAGCAAAACAUCGACUGUGACUAGAGAAACUGAUGAAAACACUGCCGGUAGUACUAAUAGUACUAAUUUAUUUUUGAUAAAUUCUACGAUAAAUGGAAAGCGAAAAUUUGUGUUUGAGAGAUCAGCAAUUAUGGACUCGAGAAAAAAUAACGACGAGAUAAUGACAAAUUUUUCUAAUACAUCAUUUUCCUCGCAUGAACCUAUUGUUGACAAAAAUAUUAUCAAUUCUUUUAUUUUACGUAAUAAUUCUUGGAUGAGUUACGGUGAAUUUAAAAUUCUACCAAAUUUCUUAAAUACCAAGGAGCAAAACAUUCAAACGCGAUCAUCGGAAGUCGCAUCAUUAAAUGAAGAUAUCGAUACAAAGGUGAAAUCAACCAUCAGUGAAACUGUAUCAAUGCAAAUGGCGGAUAGCAAUAAAAAUGAAAAACUUUCAACACAAGUUAAUGAAGAUCCGUAUGAAAAAAAGAAGAUAUUACUAGAAUUGAAUGCCAAUAGUAAAUUGAUUGCCGCACCAGGAACAACGCACAGAGUGCUUUUUGAUGCAUCGAAUAAUUGCAUCCUUCCGGUUAGAUAUGUGUUUCGAGCGAGAAGUUCGUCAUUCAGAAUCGUCAAUGUUCAGCCAUAUUUCAUGUUCUUAUAUCCGGGCCAAACAGAUCAAGUAGCUGUUGAUAUUUUUGUUCCGUCAGGAAGCCAAGAGACGAUCAAUACCCUUUCAUUAUUUAUUUUUGGUACAGAAAUAUCCGAAAAAACAGUAAAUAUUUAUGUUCAAAAUGCAUUUUCCAAGUUCAAUGACAAUGUAAAACCGACAAUCGAGUAUUCAUUCAAUAGCAACUGCGCUGGUAAAUUGGACAAAGAUCGUUGUGAAAAAACACUUUGGAGUGCUGAUAUCACUGUUCAAGACUAUGACUCAGGUUUGAAACGUUUAAUAGCGAUUCCAAAUGGAGUAUAUUCACGUACUAAUUACAUUAGUGGCACAAAAGACCGUGUUACAUUUUAUUAUUUGGCUACGUGCUGCAUAACAACAGCCACAAUUACAGCAAUAGACAUAGCUGAAAAUCAGUAUACUCGUAGCAUUGAUGUAACAGCAUGGAACAAUUUGGAAACUGGAGAAAUAGCAGCUAUUGUACUUGGUGCGCUAUUUCUUCUUUUUCUUUUAAUACUUCUUAUUGUAGGAAUAGUUUACUGUGUUCGUAAAAGGAAAAGUGAAGAUCUACCUUACACACAAAGAUACGGUUCUAGACAGCCUCCUCGAGCCGAAAGAACAAGCUUCUAACUGUGCUUGUGAGAAUCAACUGUAAUAUCGUUAUAAUCUGACCAUCAAUCUCAAUCGUAUCAUAAAAACUGUAAAUGAAACUUUUUAAAUAUUAUUGUGUGUGUGUAUAAAUAAAGUAUUUUAUUAAUUUA